AUGGUGCGCUUCCUUGCUGCCCUCGUGGUUUUAGACGUCGCCCGUGCCCACGAGCCGAGCGUCGACGUCAUCGUGGUGGGCGCGGGCUACAGCGGCCUGGCGGCGGCGCUGGAGCUGAAGGCGCUGAACCACUCCUUCCUGGUGCUGGAGGCGCAGGGCCGCGUUGGCGGGCGCACGCUGAACCAAGACGUGGGCGGCCGGGGAAUGGCGGAUGACGUGGUGGAGCUGGGUGGGGAAUGGCUGGCAACGAGCCACGUCCACGCCAUCAAACUCUUCAAGAGCCGCGGCUUCGAACUCUUUCACCGGCUCUUCAACGCGAAGAAGGACUCCGCGACGCCUCCGUGCGCUGGGAACUGCAGCGUGCGGGUGCGCGCCACGCAAGGCUGGAGGAACGUGUCGUCUCCGGACAUGGCGGUGAAGCUGCUCAGCAAAGGCGAGCUGGCGCGUUACCUCAUGUCAGACAAGGAGGUGCAGCGGGAGAUUGCGCGGACGCCGUGCGGGGCACCUUUUAGCAACCCCAACGCCAGCAUCCUGGACUCGUUAUCCUACGAUGCCUACCUUCGGCUGGUGAGGGGCCUGUCUGGGUCCCCGAUGGCAUACAACCUCCUCUACGACUAUGCGGAUGAUGCUGAAGCCUUGACCCAGAUGUCCGCGCUGGGCAUCUUCUGGGGCUUGAACUGCUCCCAGUCCAUGGAGGGAUCUUCCGACGAGGACUAUUGGCGCAUCCGUGGGGGCUCCCAAGCCCCAGCCAUCACGUUGGCCUCAGAGCUGGGCCCAAACCUGCGCCUCAACAGCCGGGUGCUGCGCAUCACCCGCGACAAACAUGGCCAGGUGGUUGAGAGCAGCAGCGGCACCUAUCGCGCCCGGCAGGACGGGACCCCCUUGGGCCGGCAGGAGAGGAUUUGCCUUGCCUCUUGGCUCAUGGGAAAUGACCUUCCGGACCACCUGGAUGUCACCUUCGACCAGAAAAAGCGACUGGCACGCCUGGCCAAGAUGGGCAUCGGGCCUGUAGCGACGGCGCCGCGGUUGGAUCACAAGAUCACCAUCAGCACAGGCGUGAAGCGCCCGGCGCUUCUGUCCGAGCCGGCCGAGCCGUCCGAGCCGGAGGUUGCGCCGCAGGCGUCGAGGCGCGCGAACCGCGCGGGGCUGGCGCCCCUGGGCGCGGUGGAGCCCAGGCAGCGCGCCACCAGCUGGUACCCCACCCCGGCGGCGGCGGCGGCGUCCGAGGCGAAAGACGCGGAGGAGUCGGAAGAGGCAGAAGCGCCGGAGGAGCACCAGCCAGAGAGGAAGCUAAAGAAGCGCAAGAAGGCGAAGAAGGAGCCGAAGGAGACGAAGGAGUCGAAGGAGACGAAGGAGCAAAAGGAGCCAAAGGAGCCCAAAGAGAAGGACCGAGAUUCGUUUUCGCCGAGCGUGACUCGGGACGGCCUCAUGACCGAGCAGCAGGUCAAGGACAUGAUGCAGCGGGAGCGCAAAAGCAAAAAAGACAACUCCGCGCGGCGAGUGCAGAGGGAGCUAGAGGUGAUCCUGGCGGGGCUCACCCCCCUGCUGCUGGCAGGCAUCCGCUUCGAACCGCCGCUGGCGGGCCAGGCGGCGCAGCUGCUGCAGCGCACGCCCUUGGGGAGCAGCAUGAAGUACUCGCUGAUCUACUCGCGACCCUGGUGGCGCGACAACGGCUACCUGGGACGCAUCAUCUUUCUGAAUAGCUCCGCGCCGAAUAUCUACACCCACAACUGCAUCGACAACUCCCCGUACAGCUGGUCUCGUGGAGUCGUCACUUGCUUCACGGAGGGCGGCCAAAACCGCGCCUUCCUGCGAUUGACGGAGUCGCAGAGGCGACAGGCCAUGGAGCAAAUUGUGCGGGAGGCGCUGGGGGAGACUUCAGAGCCCGUGCUGGGCACUUUGGAGAAGAACUGGGCAGAUGACGAGUUUUCGCGGGGCGCCUACAAUGUCUUCUUCCCGCCGGGGGUGCUGUCGAACUUCUGGCCCGAGAUCCGGUCGAUCUGGAUGCACAACCAGCUGGUGCCAGGCAUUUGGCUCUGCGGCGCCGACUACAGCCUCACCAGCCAGGGCUACAUCAACGGCGCAAUCCAAACCGGCCAAGAAGCUGCUCGCAGGGCUGUUGACGAGAUCUCGAGUGCAACGACAUCGCUUGUGGUUUGA